CUCCGUACCACUUGGUGGCGGUAUUUCCUUCAUGUUCAGAUUUGCAAAACGCGUCAGAGAACAAGAAGCCUCAGCUAUAUUUCGGCUUCUGGACUCAGUUUCAGAGUUCUGCUACAGGAUGGCCACUGCGGAGCAGUUGACCGCUAUAGGGCAGGUUCUGGUCAACCCAGAUCUGGAUCUGACGCAGCGCUUCAGAGCACUGUUCACCUUGAGGAAUCUGGGAGGUGCUGAAGCCAUAGAGUGGAUCAGCAAGGCUUUCACUGAUGAUUCGGCCUUACUGAAGCACGAAUUGGCCUACUGCCUGGGCCAAAUGCAGGACAGACGGGCCAUCCCCAUCCUUACAGCUGUUCUCAAAGAUACCAAGCAGGAGCCAAUGGUCAGGCAUGAAGCAGGGGAGGCCCUUGGAGCAAUUGGUGAUUCAGUGGUUGUGGAACUGCUGAAAGAGUACAGUCAGGAUCCUGUCAUAGAGGUAGGAACACAAACACAACAGACUCCUGGAUAACUAAAUGCUUAGAUUCCUGAGCUUUUCGUUUUUAGUGAAACUAAAUGAUCAUAUUGAGUAAUUCAGGAAUGUAGCAAAAAGUUUACUUUUUGCUACAUUCUUAAUAUUUAACUUAUUUAGAUGUUUAAAACUGGAUCGGUGGUAAAAUGAAGGCCUUAAAAUAUCUUAUUUACGUAAAAGAAUAAUUUGGUCUUAAAGCUGCACUAUGGGGUGCAGUGGUGGCGCAGGGGGCAAAGCACGACCCACGUAUUGAGGCCUUAGUCCUCAUGGCAGUGGUCGCAGUUCAAUUCCCGGCC